AUGACAGGCUGUAGUGUCACGAAAUGCAAAUAUGGAGCGGACAGCGGCAAGAGCUUCUGCCGGAUUCCGACGGCGGGACACGAUGUGAGACGCCGCCUCGUCUGGCUUUUUCGUAUGAAGAGGAAAUCGCCAACUCCCAAGAACGCAAGAGUUUGCGAGGAUCAUUUUGAAUCGAAGGAGUUUCAGACCUAUCGAGUCAAUGGCAGACGUAAAAUGAAACCCAAUGCAGUCCCAUCUCUGCUCCUCAGCCCAAGCUGUCAUCCUGCCACAGACGAACAAUCUGCAGACAUUGCUUCUCAAGUCGAUGUUCAUUCAGCCAUCAUGUCGGAGUCCGUAGUGCCCCAAAUAGCUGCAGACAUUGCUUCUCCAGUCGAUGUUCAUUCAGCCAUCGUGUCGGAGUCCGUAGUGCCCGAGUCAGAAACAUCAUUCUGUGCCACGACUCUGCGCGACGUCUUGUUUGACAUCAUCACACGAAGCGAAAAGAUCGGAAUCGAAGUGGAUGCCAUCGUGACCGACAAUGCGGCCUGGAAAUCAGGCCAUAUGGAAGUUGUGUGGCGUAAUGGCAACGAAGCAUGGGAGAUCGAGCGUCUCAUGCCCUCAUCCAUGCAACAGGGGACGACGCCUGUAUCAUUGGAGGAUGUCACGAAGAUGUGCGUGCUUGACAAAAAACACAAGCUGAAGUUGCUGCCGAACCUGAAGCUGAAGGACGAAAACCCAAAUCACUUCGAAAAAGAAAUGAUUAUGGCGUCAGAGCGUAACCCGAAACUACAAGUUGUGCCGCAUAUGUAG